AUGGAAAAUUCAAAUACAACUUCCAUAAAGAGAAUACCACACACCAAAGAAGAAAAUACUCCUGCUGUUACUACUAUUGACGAAGUAGCCGUUAACACUCCCAUUCCUAAUACUCCAAGGAAAAACCCUAACACUACUCAUAAUACACACCAGCAACAACAAAAACAGCAAUUAAGUGGAAAAAAUAAAUACAUCAAAGAAACAGGAUUCAGUUUUUGCCAAUAUAAAGAAUACAUUAGUCGAGCGAUGAAAUCUAGUAAAGCACGAAACUUUGUUCUUAUUUUCUUUGCUAUUGUUACUACUGCUUUGCUUGCUGCUGUUUACGCGACUCGAGGUGUUCAUGAGCCUAAUGAUCCAAACACCUGGACAACUAAUGAACUUAAAGAAUGGCUUGCGGAACAUCGUACUCGAUAUUACGGGACCCCUGAAAAACAAGAAUUAGUUGAUUUGGUGAAAUCAAAUUGGUCCAAAAACGCUAUUAAAGGCGAGGAAAAGUCAACUGUAGAUCACGCUAAAGACUUUGUCAAUUAUUACGUUGACUAUAUCAAAGAUCGUUACACUGAUAAUGAAGAGGUGGCUGCGGAUAAACUUGAUGACUUUACUCGAGACAUUGCCGAUUCAAUCGAAUCGCUACGUCAGUCGACUGGUCUUACCGAAGAACAAAUCAACUCUACUUUUGAUCAAAUAAAAUCACGAAUUGGAUACACAAAAAACAAGAGUGUCGGUAAUGCACUUGAUCAAGUACAAAAAUCAUAUUACAACGCCAAAGACCAACGAGAUCGAAUUAUCGACGAGGCAACUAAUCGUAUUCAAAAGGACUAUCAAAAAUCAAAAAAUCUCUCCAAAGACACAGUCAAUUGGUUCCACGAUGAGAUUCAAAAAAUGUCUAGUACCACUGGUUUUGCUGCGGCAAGAACCGAAACUCAAACUGCGCUCAUUCUUCAAGGUAUCCAAGAGGAAUUGGUCAACAAGAAAGUCAUGACCAUCGAGCAAGUAAAAGGAAUCUACGCACAGCUAAACUCUGCAGUGCAGGAAUACUAUAAAGAUGUCGAGGGAACACUUGCAAAAGUACGCAAUGAAAUUCAAUACGCGCUCAAUCAAUUCAGUCAAAAAAUAGGAGAAGGCAAAAACGUAACAAUAGAUCAAUUCAACGAAGUUGUUCAAACAAUCAAUCGAUAUUUGUUCUACCCUAUCAAAGGAACAUACGAUUCCUCUACCAAUCAAGUCAGAGAUACUACUUAUCACGUACGAGACGUUAGUCAAGAACAAUUGAAUAACAUUGCAGAAACCGUACGAAAAGCAUUCGCUCCUAAACCAGAAACACCCAAAGAUAAACUUUCGCACGUCAUCGAAUCUAUGGAACAGCAACUCAUGGCUACCCAACAACUUAGUCGCGAACAAACGGAAAUCGUUCGAGAAACCAUUCGAAAUCAAUUCGAUAAUAUUAAAGAUGCGCGUGAAGUCACUGAAGAUAAGGUUAAUGCAUUUAUUGCGGAACUUUCUAAGAAGUUUUCUGAGACUAGUCAAUCCGCUAAGGAUAAUGUUCUAUUUGCUACUGAUAAAGUGAAGGAGAAUAUUCAAUAUGCUACUGCGAAAGUGAAGGAGGAAUUGUAG